GUUAUCUCCCCUGACUUAUGAAUUGCCUCGUCUGAUGUCUGGAUGACAGUUUUAAGUAAAAUGGAAUAUGGUUAAGUGUUUAAAAAAUGCACGAAUUGUUUGCCUUCGUGUUGAGGAACAAGGAUCUGUCAAAGGCAGGUGACCUUUUUUCCUUGGAUGACCGCGAUAUCAAGAGGUGCCUUAUCAGUGUCCUUCAGAAGAUUGGAGAAAUAUUAGACAACAAAGACUUUGCUUCUAACGACAAUGACCAGAGAGUAGUGGACAUAUGUGUUGCCAGGGUUACUACAGCAAUCAGGAAGACUGAGAGUAUUGAGAAGCAUGCUGUUGCCCUAGUACGCCUGUUGGAGCUAUGUCAGAAACACAACUUGAACCCAUCCUCUCAGGAGGAGGAUCCUCCCCAUGCCAAGAUUGCCUCCGACAUCAUGGCGUUCCUCUUCAUGCACUACGACAAGGGGAAGGUAAUGAUCCUAGCUAUUCCUGUGGUUGUGAACUUUCUAUGCUGUAAUAACAAGGAGCUGGGACGCAAUGUGUCCAGUUACCUGUCUCUGGCUGCACUGGACAACGCUGACCUCCUGGCACCUCACGUGGACCUCAUCCUCAGCAGCCUGCUCAGGGGCAACUACUUUCUGAGUACCUUGCUCCCCCAGAUAUUUACCCAGUGUCGACAAGCAGUCAUUGAUCAGACUGACUGCUUGGUCAAGAUUAUAGACAAGUGUGAACUAUCCCAGAGGCUCAAUCUCUUCCAGGUGUUUGGAAUGAUAGCCAAGACUGACACUAAAGUGCUUGAAAAGUAUGUGCGAAAAUUUGUAAAAUAUCUGUCCUCAAAUACCUUGUCGCCCAUGAUUUUGUGUCUAUUUGUUGACAUGGCAACAGCCAGUCCACUCAUCUUUGUCGAUCAUGUGUCCACUCUACAGAAGGUUGCCAAGCAACAACCAACACACAUAGUACAAGUGAUGCAGAUAAUGGGUGCCCUAGUAACCAUUCACAAGGACUACGCCAGGAAGAGCAUGGAUUAUUUUGUGUCUCAGUUCGGUAGUGCGGACCAGACGGCUCUAACUGUUAUAUUACAGGAGAUUAAGGCACUCAGCUUAAACAACCAUGAUCUCUUGGAUUUGAAUCUCGAAGAAAUUUCAAAAUUGUCUCGAAAUGGAUCCAGUGCUGUCCGGAUUCUUGUCCAGCAACUAAAGGAGGAUAACAGUAAAUACUCAUCAGCUGCUCCAAUGGAGAAUACUAAACAGGAAAGAUGGGCGCUGAGCCAGACAAAGGAAUCAUCGACGAAUGGCAAAACACACAUGAGAGUCCCUGCAGCAGGUUUUCUUCAGCCCAGGAGUAUUGAUAUCAGCAGCAUCCUGCUGAUGAGACGUCAGAUCUUUGGAGAUCCUGAGCUGGAGAACCCACAGACUCUUGUGAACGAUCAAAAUUUCUUAUGCGCUGUCAUACGGAGAGCAGUGAUUGAGACAGGCAUCAGAUCUGUGAAAGGACACAACUUCCACGAAUUGAUGCUGAAGAUCAAGGAGCUAGUUUUGAAUAUCAACGAUGAAGACAAAGAAGUUAUGAAGAAGUUGAAAGAGAAAGCGACCAAUGUUAUCCAUUACCUGAAAAAAAGACAAGUUUCACCGGACAGGGAGUUCAAGAAGAGGAAGUUAGAUUACGGCAAGUUUUCAACAGACGAUGAUAAGGAGGAAAAGUUACAGACUUGUUACAAAACAGGGAGUCUUGUUACACUGCUGGAUUACAAGGACGUACCGAUUGCAAAGGCCAAUAUCGUUGCAUACCCAUGUACUGAUUUGUUCAUCAAAGACACUGAUGACCCAGGAGCAUGGCUGUCAGUAAUGAUAGAGUACAAGGGGAAGGGUUCUGUGUUAGACUACCUGCCAGCCAGUAACGCUAUGCAGGACUGGAAAGAUGUCGGGAGAAACAGUUUAGUUUCAUGGCCAAGAGAAAUGGUGGCCAAUGACAAAACCUAUGAUGAUUAUUAUGCCAAGGCCAGGAAAGAAAGGCGAAUACAGAGGAAAACUCAAAGGAGGAGUUGCCCUCCACUCCUGGAACCUGCUGGGGAUUUGCAGCCAGCAGCCCAUCUCAACCAGCCUGCCACCCAGUCAGACGCCAAGCCAGUCUCCCAGCAUAUGCAUGACGUCCAGCCAGUCGCCAAACCAGACGUCCGGCCAGUUGCCAAGUCAGACGUCCAGCCAGUCGCCCAGUCAGACAUCCAACCAGUUGCCAAACCAGACAUCCAGCCAGACGUCCAGCCAGUUGCCAAACCAGACGCCCAGCCAGACGUCCAGCGAGUAGCCAUACCAGACGUCCAGCCAGAUGUCCAGCCAGAUGUCGAACCAGAUGCCCAGCAAUACCUCCUGUUAGUCGUCCAGCUAGACGCCCAGCUAGAUGCCCAGCUAGACGCCCAGCUAGACAUCCAGCCAGUUAUCCAGUCAGACGUCCAGCCAGUCGCCAAACCAGACAUCCAGCCAGACGCCCAGCCAGGUGCCCAGACAAACAUCCAGCCAGUCGCCCAGCCAGAUGCUCAGCCAUUCCUCCUGUCAGUCGCCCAGCUAGAUGCCCAGCCAGAUGUCCAGUCAGUGGAGUUAAUAUACUAGUUGCAUGAGUUUGUUGAGGUGGACUUCCCACUUUUAUCAGACAGAAGGAGACGUAGCUAACUGUGUUUUGGACAGAUCAUUGACAUCAACCCAUUAACAGCGACUUUUAUGAAAACCAACACAAAGAAUGUCUAUGUUUGGCCAAGGAAGGAGGAUAUAUCCCAUGUGGACUCUGAAGAAAUCACAACGGUUCUCAGGUGUCCAACUAUGGAUACAAGAGAAUGCUUAGUGUUCUGAUGGGUCCACAGAAGUCCUUUGGGUAAAGGGCACCAUCUUAUUAAAAUAUGUAAUUACCAUUGCCACUAGCAUUAAAUAUCGAAGUCCAUUUCUACAAUUUGUUUCUAUAUAUGUGAUGUAUUUAACGAUGUACAGUUGAUAGAAAUAUGAGAAUCUGAAAAGAAAAAGAAACGUAAAGGAAACCGAAAAAUUUGGGACCAAUGCAAUGUCAAUCGUGUACACUAUACAGAUGUUUUAAAUUGAACGCACACCAUCAAAGUAAAACAUGAAUAUCAGAGUAAAGGAAAUAAAAGUUUGAAAGUGGCACUCUUUGGAAUCAUAACUGAUACAUGGUACCCUUUACCUCAAUAUUUUAUCUUAUAAUUUUUGUUUUAUUAUGACAUUAUGUUUUGACCACCAAAUCCCUGAGGUGUUCAAGCAGUGGCCAUGGUGUAAUAUAUAGAUAUUGGUCAGACUGAAGUUUGGUAACAAAUCUCCGAGGUGUUCAGGCAGUGGCCAUGGUGUAAUAUAUAGAUAUUGGUCAGACUGAAUUUGGUAACAAAUUCCCGAGGUGUUCAGGCAGUGGCCAUGGUGUAAUAUAUAGAUAUUGGUCAGACUGAAUUUGGUAACAAAUUCCCGAGGUGUUCAGGCAGUGGCCAUGGUGUAAUAUAUAGAUAUUGGUCAGACUGAAUUUGGUAACAAAUUCCCGAGGUGUUCAGGCAGUGGCCAUGGUGUAAUAUAUAGAUAUUGGUCAGACUGAAUUUGGUAACAAAUUCCCGAGGUGUUCAGGCAGUGGCCAUGGUGUAAUAUAUAGAUAUUGGUCAGACUGAAUUUGGUAACAAAUUCCCGAGGUGUUCAGGCAGUGGCCAUGGUGUAAUAUAUAGAUAUUGGUCAGACUGAAGUUUUGUAACAAAUUGUCAUUAGAAAAAGGAUAAGUUUAAAUUUUUGUCAGUAACCAUUUUUUGGGUCAAAAGUCUAUAUUCGGUUUUGGGUAGGGUCAAAGUUUGUAAUAAAAAAUCUGUUCUUCCAGGUCUAAAUUUGGUUGGUAUCAUGGUUUUACUUCGAAGGUCAUUGAGUUUUUGUAAUUUUACAAAAUGUUUCCCCAGAUUACAACUUGGCUUUUUAUUGACAACUGUUUUUAAAAAAUGAUUCUGCUUUGAAAGCUUAUAUAACAGUUUUUAUUAGCUUAUGUCGUGGUGCGGCGUCCGUCCAUACGUCCGUCCGGCGUCCGGCGUCAAUAUUUUACU